AUGUCAAAUGAUAUUUGUUUAAACGUAGGCAGACCAAGCAAUGCUUUAAACUCAGGAAGAGAGAUACUUGUGUCGUCACCACCUCCUUAUUCAAUAGAAUAUGAAAACUACAACUUUGCAAACACUAAUCCUGCUCAUCUCCAGUGGUCACCUGAACACCAACAGUCUAACGAGGAUGUAGCAGAGUCCAGCCAACUUGCCUCUUUACAGUUAAAAGUUAUCACAUCUAUUACUGAUCCAUGGCAGGGUACACCUUUUGACUGUAGUUGUGUCUUGGAGAAUCGAUUUUUACUGCUAGGAUACAAAGAGGGUAUCCAAUUAAUUGACCUAGACAAUAGCCAACUAAAGCCCCAGAUCAUCAUCUGGACACGGGUCAGACAGAUACGGGUGAUUGAAACCUGUCGAAUUAUUCUCAUGUUGACAGAUCGUCAUAAGCAGAUACGAUGUUAUUCUUACGACGCCAUCUUGAAACUCAUAUACGGAGUAUUAUCACUUGAUUGGUCAACAAGACGUGAUAAAGCUCAUGAUGUGCCUUCACUUAAAGACUGGCAACAGGUAGCUACAAAGUCAGCACUGAAUACGUUACCUGAAGAAGAAGAUGACGUUCCUAUAUCAAGUAUAAAUAGUUUCAGUUUAAGUUUGAAGGAAAGACUGGCAAAGAAGCAAAAGGAAAAAGUGCCAGUGAACAAGCAAUCAUGUUUCUUGGUAGACCAGCCCGCACUUUCAAAACCAUACUACGUGUGUGACAACUUGAUAUUACAAGAGUUCUAUUAUAAGCUUUCGGACUCCAAAGAGUCGAUCGACAUACAAAUCUAUCAAACAUCAUCCUACCUCUUUGUAGCUGUCCUUCAUCGUGAUAAAAUAGUACUUUGGCAGAAAAAAAGAGAUCAUCCACUACGGCAUUUUUACAAGUUUAAAGUAUUUUGGAUACCGACAGAGGCCAAAUCGAUUGCCUUUGCAGACGAUAGAACUACGCUUCGGCAUAUCAUUGUCGUAUUUACAACAGAGGCGACUUCAAUUGAGCUGCGAGACAGUAAGGUGCAGUCAGUCGCUAUUGACUCCACAUUACGAAGGGUUUACGAAUCGACAUGGAUUAGGGAGCAAUUUGAGCAUCACCUUGUACAACCACGGCAGCUUAAUCCUAACAGCAAUAAUAUCUCAUUAAGCGAAAGUUGUAAUCUACCCUACCCUUCACUGCCGGCCAGUGUGAGCAUACCACCUAUCCAGUGGACUCUGAUGCAACAACUUCCCUUUUAUCCAGACGAUCUUCCACCAACGACGCUUACCACCGAUUACUCCAUUCCACCUUCUUAUACCACAGUCAUAACAGCCUUGCCCACAUCAGCACCGCCCGAUCCUGUUGCUCUGCCCUCUGCCGCAGCACCUCAACUGUUUUUUGCUACAUUUUCCAAGCAAAGCUUCAUCAUCGACAUAACCGGUAAUUUGUAUUCCACCCAAGUAUAUUGUUGGACAGAAGCUCCGAGUCACAUAGAAUUUAUUCAGCUCGAUAUGAAUAUCAGUCGCUGGUAUGCUGUUGGUUUUGGUCCUACGACUGUCGAAGUAUUGGACAUGAAGACAGGCAAGCUGAUACAAAAGGUAAUGCAUGGAGCUUCUGUAAAGUUUCUAGGCCGAUGGAAUGAGACAGUGACUGAGGAGGAUAAAAAGACUAGAAUAAGAUUUAAAUCUUUGGUUUGGAGCUGUGCAGCCAAAGAGAGGUCUCAUGUAUACAUGCUAUGGAAUCAAUAA